AUGCUUGGGAGGUCGCGUGUGGCUUGCUCUGAACGCGGUGUGUCUAGUAAUGCGACUCAGUUGUGUGGGUCGCAGAACCCCUGUUGCAGUUCUUACGGGUUCUGUGGGAGUGGUCCCGACUUCUGCUUCGGUGGAUGUGACCCCCUCGGUUCCAACACCCUGACCUCCUGCAUGCCCGAGCCGCUCUGUGAAAGCCAGAACAUUACCUUCUCCAGCUUCGACCGCAUCCUCAUGAACACGACGCAAUACAACGGCAACGCGAGCGAAUGGGACUUCAUCCUCCAGCAGGGCAACAUCCUCAACACCACUGCCGGCGAACUCGUCCUCACGCUCAGCGAAGAGAACAACGGCACGUUGCUCACUUCGACGCGUUACGUCCAUUAUGGCCAGAUCACGGCAAGGAUGAAGACUGGCCGGUGGGCUGGUGUCGUGACGGCUUUCAUUACGAUGUCGGACAUCAAGGACGAGAUUGACUGGGAGUUCCCUGGCAACAAGACGACUGAGGGCCAAACCAACUUCUUCUGGCAAGGCCUGAUUCCUACGCAGACCGCUGGCCAAACGACCGGUAACCUGACUGACACGUUCAGCAACUACCACGACUACACGCUCGACUGGACGGAGGACAGCCUGACUUGGCUCGUCGACGGCAGCGUCGUGCGCACGCUGACGCGCGCGGAGGCGACCGACAACUCGACGGGCGUCAGCCGCUUCCCGAACACGCCGAGCCGCAUCGAGUUCUCCCUCUGGCCCGCCGGCAUCAGCAGCGAGCCCGCGGGCACGGUCGAGUGGGCGGGCGGCAUGAUCAACUGGGACGACCCGGACUACAAGUCUGCCGGCCACUUUUACGCGUACAUCGAGUCGGUCUCGGUCACCUGCAACGACCCGCAGGCGGCCAGCGGGAACAUCACGUCGUACGUGUACGGCUCGAACUCGUCCGCGUUCACGCCGGCGAUCACCCUCUCGAACGAGACCACGAUCGAGAGCAACGGCGCGCUCGCGGCCGUGCCCGCGUCGUUCAAGUGGGCGCUUGUCGCCUCCGGCGCGGCGAUGCUCCUCGCGCUCUUCUAA